AGCCCAACAUAUUAAAACGAGGUUUUCAAUAUAAAUAUGAUUCCCUGCCUCAUUGCAUGCCAAUGAAACCUCUCUCUCUCUCUCUCUCUCUCUCUCUCUCUCACGCACGCACAAGAGCAUCACCGUAUAUAUGUACAUGCAAGGUUCAAACCUACGUCCUCAUUAUCGCCACCAAGUUUGAAAAUCAAGCACACAGUAUAUAGCUAGACAUUAGUUGCAGUUAAAUUGGGUUAAUUUCACCAUCAGUGGAAAUUACGUUGACAUGGAAGGAGGGGGUUCGAGGGGUAGGGGCAGGGGUGGAGAGGAGGAGGAGGAGAGGGGGCGGAGGGAGUUUCGAUACCGGGGAAUCCGCCGCAGGCCGUGGGGCAAGUUCGCAGCGGAGAUCCGGGACCCUUCGCGCAACGGGGCACGCCUUUGGCUGGGGACUUACGAGACGGCGGAGGAGGCAGCGCGUGCGUACGACAGGGCUGCGUUCGCCCUGCGAGGGCAUUUGGCCAUCCUCAACUUCCCCAAUGAGUACCAGUACCACAGUUCAAGCUCUGUGCCUUCCUCUGCCACCAUUUCGUCGACAGCAUCGGCCUCUGCUUCCUCUUCUUUUGCUUCUUCUUCUUCAUCCGGAGGGCGAGAAGCGCAAGUGAUAGAGUUUGAGUACUUGGAUGAUAGGCUCUUGGAAGAGAUGCUUGGAGAAGAGGAAGAGCAGAGGAGGAGGAAAUAAAAGUAAUCUGGGAAAUCGAGUGUAGGGAUAUUGGAUUUUUUAGUUCAUUGAAUUGCAAGGACGACGGCGAAAUUUCCACCACUUUCAUUUCAUGAAGAAAUGAAGAAUCAAAAAUUUUCCCUGCCUGCUUGCUCGAAACAGAGCAGAGCAGAUAGCAGUCUGUAAUGGACACAGCUGAAAGGCAGGGGAAAGGGGAGGGUAGAUCAUUAAGGCAAGCAGGCAUUGUAGAUGGUAUUUGCUGCCGCAUUGUUGUGGUUAUUGAGUUCAUUGUUUCUUUCUUUUUUCCCGUCUAUUCCUUUUAUUUUCCUAGAUGUCGAUUGUUUCUUGUAUCAAGUAUGUUUCCUAAGAUUAUAUUGCAAAUAAAUGCUUCUCUUUUCUGUGGAAAA